CCACCGGCGUUCUAUCGCGAAACGGAUUGACUGUUGCGGGCACUGAACGUGGCGCAUGAGAGUGCGUGUCGGGAUGUAACGGCCGCCUGUCCGUGUAACGACACUGAAUUUCAACACACAAACGAGCGUUAAAGCCCGGGGGACUCCGAGGAUAAGACACACCGGGAGAGCGGGUGCAAAAACAAGGGAGCGGAGACAGACACGGGAGCGUGGCAGGAGACGGACGCUCGAGCAAGCCCAACCGACACCGCGCGCAGAAAUGGCGGAGCACCACACAGUCAGCGACGGCAAGCACAAAGCGUCCACCAGUGCCGGGAGCUCGGUGCACGGGAACAGCCGACCCGGCGCCGCGGGUGGAGGAGGGGGCAAAGGAGGCCUCUCUGGCGGACUGACACAACCGGCGGGGUGGCAGUCGUUACUCUCGUUUAGUAUUCUUUUUCUGGCCUGUCUGGCAGGAUUCAGCUCCAGACUUUUCGCCGUGAUCCGGUUCGAGAGCAUCAUUCACGAGUUUGAUCCGUGGUUCAACUACAGGUCAACACACCAUCUCACCACAAAUGGCUUCUACGAGUUCCUCAACUGGUUCGACGAGAGGGCCUGGUACCCCUUGGGUCGGAUCGUCGGUGGCACCGUCUAUCCAGGGUUAAUGGUGACCGCGGGCCUCAUCCACUACGUGCUUAACCUGCUCCACAUCACCGUCCACAUCCGGGACGUGUGUGUCUUUCUGGCGCCCGUGUUCAGCGGUUUGACCGCCAUCUCCACCUUCCUGCUGACCCGGGAGCUGUGGAACCAGGGCGCAGGGCUGCUGGCGGCCUGCUUCAUCGCCAUUGUCCCUGGCUACAUCUCCCGUUCUGUGGCUGGCUCUUUUGACAAUGAGGGCAUCGCGAUCUUUGCUCUGCAGUUCACCUACUACCUCUGGGUGAAGUCGGUGAAGACGGGCUCAGUAUUCUGGACUAUUGGCUGUUGUCUGUCCUAUUUCUACAUGGUGUCGGCAUGGGGAGGCUACGUGUUUAUCAUCAACCUGAUUCCUCUGCAUGUGUUUGUGCUGCUGCUAAUGCAACGCUACAGCAGAAGAGUCUACAUCGCAUACAGCACCUUCUUCAUUGUGGGUCUAGUGUUGUCGAUGCAGGUCCCUUUCGUUGGGUUCCAACCAAUCAGGACCAGUGAGCACAUGGCAGCUGCCGGUGUGUUUGCACUUCUCCAAGCCUAUGCCUUCCUGCAAUACCUGAAGGACAGACUAACCAGACAGGAGUUCCAAACACUGUUCUUCCUCGGGGUCUCUCUUGCUGCCGGCGUGGUCUUCCUCACAGUCAUCUAUCUCACGUACACAGGAUACAUCGCUCCAUGGAGCGGCCGUUUCUACUCUCUGUGGGACACGGGCUACGCUAAGAUCCAUAUUCCCAUCAUAGCGUCAGUGUCGGAGCACCAGCCAACGACUUGGGUUUCCUUCUUCUUUGAUCUCCACAUCCUGGUCUGCACCUUUCCAGCAGGCCUGUGGUUCUGCAUCAAGAACAUCAAUGAUGAACGAGUGUUUGUGGCCCUGUACGCCAUCAGUGCCGUCUACUUUGCCGGCGUGAUGGUGCGACUGAUGCUGACGCUGACUCCGGUGGUGUGCAUGUUGUCGGCGGUGGCGUUCUCCAGCGUCUUUGAACAUUACAUGGGAGACGACACAAAGAGGGAGAAGCCGCCCGCCGAGGACAGCAGCGACGAGGACGACAAGAGGAAUUCUGGGAAUCUCUACGACAAGGCCGGGAAGGUGCGCAAACAUGUGUCGGAGCAAGAGAAGGCAGAGGAGGGUCUGGGUCCCAACAUCAAGUCCAUCGUCACCAUGUUGAUGUUGAUGCUGCUCAUGAUGUUUGCCGUCCACUGCACGUGGGUCACCAGCAACGCCUACUCCAGUCCCAGCGUGGUGCUGGCCUCAUACAACCAUGACGGGACACGGAAUAUCCUGGAUGACUUCAGGGAGGCUUACUAUUGGUUGAGACAGAACACCGAUGAGCACGUGCGCGUCAUGUCAUGGUGGGACUACGGUUACCAGAUAGCCGGCAUGGCCAACAGGACCACGCUGGUGGAUAAUAACACGUGGAACAACAGUCACAUAGCGCUGGUGGGGAAAGCCAUGUCGUCCAACGAGAGCGCGGCCUACGAAAUCAUGAGGUCGCUGGACGUGGACUACGUGCUCAUCAUCUUCGGAGGCGUCAUCGGCUACUCGGGCGACGACAUAAACAAGUUCCUGUGGAUGGUGAGGAUAGCGGAGGGGGAGCACCCAAAGGACAUCAGGGAGAGCGACUACUUCACGCCACAGGGGGAGUUCAGAGUGGAUAAGGCUGGAUCGCCAACUCUGCUCAACUGCCUCAUGUACAAGAUGUCCUACUAUCGAUUUGGUGAAAUGCAGCUGGACUUCCGGACGCCACCUGGCUUCGACCGCACACGUAACGCCGAGAUCGGAAACAAGGACAUCAAGUUCAAGCACCUGGAGGAGGCGUUCACCUCGGAGCACUGGCUGGUCAGGAUCUACAAGGUGAAGAACCUGGACAACAGGGAGCCGCUGGACCACAAGCCUCGCAGCGUCGCGCCCAAGCAGAAGUACACCUCCAAAAAGACCGCCAAGAGAAAGCGAGGACACAUCAAGAACAAGUUUGUCCUGAGGAAAGGCAAGAAACUACAAAAGAAAUAACCCCAUGGUGCUGAUGAUGGACUCCUCUAGGAAAACAAACAAAUGCGAAGAAACCUCCAACCACCAAUGAAGAAGAACACGGCGGGCUGUUUCUGUGGCUCUCGUUGUCGAGAGCGUCUCAUUACAGCGCCCCCAUGUGUUGAGGAAUUUGAAGUGUCAUAUCUGGCUCGCUCCAGAACUAUUGUCCGUUUUAUUCUGAGGACUGCUGUCUUGCUUCU